UUAUGGGUUUGGAAGUUAAUCUAGAAAAGAGCAGAAUUUUCAGCAUUAAUGCAGAUGAUUGCAUAGAGGAACUAGCUGACAUCCUGGGAUGUAAGGUGGAAAAGUUCCCCACUGUUUAUUUGGGGCUUCCACUAGGGGCAAGAAGGAAUGAUCAGCCUAUCUGGCAAGGUGUCCUUGAUAGAUGUGCUAGUAAACUUUCUCCAUGGAAGCAACAAUAUCUAUCUUUUGGUAGCAGAUUUACUCUUGUUAACAGUGUAUUGGAGGGUACGCCUACCUAUCUAAUGUCCCUAUUCUCAAUGCCAGUUGCUGUGGAGAAAAAAGUGAACUCUUUGAGAAGUCAAUUCCUAUGGGAAGGUAAUGCAGAGGAAGAUUUCAUUUGGUGGAAUGGCCAGUGAUUCUUAAAGACAAGAAGGGGGUGGCUUGGCUGUGAGAAAUCUGAAGCUACAUAAUAAAAGUCUACUACUCGAAUAAAUGUGGAGGUAUAGCAUGGAAGGUAAGGAAGUUUUCAAAAAGCUUAUUAAUGCCAUCUAUGGGAAGAAGGACAAAUGGAGAACUGUUAAUGGGGGAGUAUGGAAGAGCAUAAGCAGACUUUAGGACAAUUUCAGUCAAUUUACUAGACUGGAGGUUGGAAAUUAGAAAAAAAAAAGAUUCUGGACAGAUUUGUGGGUCGGUGAUGAAUGUUUAAAAGAUAAGUUUGCGACUCUGUUUGACUGCUCUACAGAAUAGGAUGAUAAUUUUGCUGAAUUUCAUUCUAACUCUGGUUGACAGCCAAGGUUCCGGAGAAAUUUGAAUGAUUGACAGAUAGAAGAAUUUUGUCAGUUGCUUCAACAAUUGGGAUCAUUUUAUAUUGAUCAGAGUAAGGUGGAUAUCCUGAUUUGGCUGGCAAUUGAAGACAAUAAAUUUUCAGUUAAGAAUUGCUAUAGUAUGAUGCUAAAGCAGCUAGUUCAGUGGGAUAAUUCUUGUCCUUGGAAGAUGAUAUGGAAGACAAAAGCUCCGGUUAAAGUAGCAUGUUUUGGGUCGGUCGCAACUUGGGGAGCAUGCUUAACUCAAAAUAUCUUGCAGAAAAGAGGUUUUGACCUAUGCAGUAGAUGCUUCCUGUGUCAAGAAGAUCAGGAAACAGUUGAGCACCUUUUCUCCAUUGCAGAUUUUCUGGAGAAUGUUGGGAGCUAUUCCUAAAUCUUAGUGGUAUUAAUUGGGUGAUGCCUCAGAAUUUGAAAGGUUUGUUGGAAGGUUGGCAGUAACAGAUACUAGUUACAAGAAAGAAAUCUAAUAGUUGUUAGUAGGGGUGGGCAUAAUCACCGAAAACCGAAAAACCGGACCGAACCGAAUUAAUUCGGUUUCUGGUUUCGGUUUUUCAGUGUUUAGGUACGGUUUCCUUUUUUUUUUUUUUUUUUUGGUUAUUAACAAAUCUAAUGUUUGGUUCCGGAUCACCGGUUCUUCGGUAUUUCGGUUAAACCAAAGAUUUACCACAUGAAUACAAUUUUUUCAUAAAAAACUCAGAUCACUCAGUCCACUCCACUCUAUCAGGCCCAAAUUAAUUUAUCCAAGCCCAUCCCUAUAGACCCACCCUAAUUUCAUUUCACCUAACCUAAGCCCCAACUUCAUUUCCUCACUUCCUCUCCUCUGUCCGACUCCUCACAAACCUAAUAUCACUUUCGGCGACCUAGGCUUACUAAGGCACUAGCGGCGGUCGGAGUUCACUUUCUUCCUCACUUCCUAAUUUCUUAAUUAAGGGUAUGGAUGCCGAGGAUGAAAUUCCUGUUUCAACUACAGAUCCUUCGACUGUUGUUGGUGAUAGUUCGACUGUGGUUAAUACUAUAGGAGCAAUUAAUCUUACACCAGUUCAACCUGUCGCUCCACCGGGCGUUCCAACUGUUAACCUUCCCCCUGGUGUGCCUGCAAUUGCUUCAAGGCCUGUAGUCCCUACCCCUAUUCCUCCCCCAUUAGCUCCGUUGCCUGUUCGGCCACCUGUCCUUAGGCCUCCGGUAGCACAGAAUGGAGAAGUUCGAGCAAGCGAUUCAGAUUCUGACCUUGAAGAAAUGGGAUCUGAUCGUGGCACUGCAGACUCAGCUCAAGAAUAUGAGAUAUCCGCAGAGAGCAAACUAGCCAGAGAGAGGCAGGAAAAAGCCUUGCAAGAACUUCUGAUGAAGAGGCGUGCUGCUGCACUGGCAGUCCCUACAAAUGAUAUGGCCGUUCGGGCCCGCCUUCGAAGGCUUGGUGAACCGAUAACUCUCUUUGGAGAAAGGGAGAUGGAAAGAAGGGACCGUCUGCGGAUGCUUAUGGCAAAGCUUGAUGCAGAAGGCCAGCUGGAAAAGCUGAUGAAAGCUCAUGAGGAUGAAGAAGCUGCAGCUUCUGCUGCACCCGCAGAGGAGGAGGAUAUUCAGUACCCUUUUUACACAGAAGGAUCAAAAGCACUGUUAGAUGCUAGGGUAGAAAUCGCAAAGUAUUCUUUAGUUAAGUCAGCUUUACGUCUUCAUCGUGCAAGGAGGAAAAGGGAUGAUCCAGAUGAAGAUGUGGAUGCCGAGGUUGAUUGGGCUUUGAAGCAAGCAGGGAGCUUGGCCCUUGAUUGUAGUGAAAUUGGAGAUGAUCGACCUCUUUUCGGAUGUUCGCUUUCACACGACGGAAAGAUGCUUGCAACCUGUUCUAUGAGUGGUAUAGCAAAGAUAUGGAGUAUGCCUCAAGUGCAAAAGCUUUCCACCCUAAAAGGUCACACUGAACGAGCUACUGAUGUUGUGUUCUCUCCGACAAGCAAUCAUUUAGCUACUGCAUCUGCUGACAAGACCGCUAGGUUAUGGAACUCAGAAGGUUCUCACCUCAGAACGUUUGAGGGACAUUUGGACCGUCUAGCUCGGAUUGCUUUUCAUCCUUCUGGAAAGUACUUGGGCACAGCUAGCUUUGACAAAACUUGGAGAUUAUGGGAUGUAGAGAGUGGUGAAGAGUUGCUUUUGCAAGAAGGUCACAGUAGGAGUGUUUAUGGAUUGUCUUUUCACCAUGACGGUUCAUUAGUGGCGUCAUGCGGGUUGGAUGCACUUGUUCGAGUGUGGGACUUAAGGACUGGGCGAAGUAUCCUUGCUCUAGAAGGUCAUGUUAAACCGGUUCUUGGUGUCAGUUUUUCUCCCAAUGGUUAUCAUUUGGCUAGUGGCGGUGAAGAUAAUACCUGUCGUAUCUGGGACUUAAGGCAGAGAAAAUCUUCGUACAUCAUACCUGCUCACUCCAGUCUUAUUUCUCAAGUUAAGUUUGAGCCUCAGGAGGGAUACUUUUUGGCUACAGCUUCCUAUGAUAUGACUGCCAAGGUGUGGUCAUCAAGGGAUUUCAAGCCUGUAAAGACACUAUCUGGACAUGAAGCAAAGAUCAUGUCAUUGGAUGUUGCGUCAGAUGGACAGUUCAUCACUACCGUGUCGUACGAUCGAACAAUCAAGCUGUGGUCAAGCAAAAACAUCCAGAAGGAUGAGAAAAUGGACAUUGACUAGAUUUUUACAUAAGUUUGUAGGAGUACCAUUUUCUGGGAUUAUCAGGAAGAGAGUUGAAUAUGUUAAAUUGUUGUUAAGAAUCCCUGUGGAAAAUUGAAGCACAAGGCCCUUUGCUCAUUCUGUAUUCCUUAAGGCCGCCUUCAAUCCAUGAAGUAGUGACACAUUUUUUUUUUUCUUUUCCUAAUGUAUUUUAUAAGCUAAUCAGAAACUUGAGAUGCCAAAAGGUAUUUUAAUUCUUAAACAAAUCCAUAUCUGAAAUAUUGUUGAUAAAACCAGUACUUUUCUUUUU